UCUACAUUUAGACAUAUUCAUUUCGUUGUUUUAGUGAUAUACGAAAAUCUAAUUACAGUGUAUACGACCGAUUACCAUAGAAAGAGCAUUGCGUUUUUUCAAAGUUCCAAAUUCUCUUCCCCUUCAGCCAGGACGGUGUCUUAUCGUUUGUACCGCAGUGUGCGGAAGACUUGCGGUAGCUAACAGGUGAAAUUAAUGGGAUAAACAGCUGAGGAGAACCGUAAUUGUGCUAUUGGCCGUUCAAACUAACAAGAUUUACUGAAAUUCCGUGACUGCUUAUACUUAGCACCACGGGCCGGACUUAGGCCGAGUUGGGACGAGCUACGAAUAGCCAUGCCGCUGAUCAAGAGUGAAAAUGAUAAACGGUUUUACCGUCUCAUUGAGCUGACUAAUGGUUUAAAGGCAAUGCUCGUGUCAUCUGCACCCCAGCCAGUCGACAAUGCUUCGAGGCGGCUGGGUGUCGAUUUGUCCGUCAAACGAGUCGGCAAGCAAUACGUCAAAGCAAGCGGCAAAUUUGGAUCAGAAUGCAAUAAAUCGAUUUGUUCAAGCACUUACGAUGAGAUACGAUGCCGAACUGAAAAAAUGGCGGCCGCCGCUCUGGUUGUGAAAGCCGGAAGCUUCCAGGAUCCACCGCAUAUAGCGGGUCUCGCUCAUUUCUUGGAUCAUAUGCUACUCCUUGGGUCGGAAAAAUAUCCGAAGGAAGGCGAAUACCUUCAAUUCAUUUGUAAAAACGGCGGAUCUAUAAAUGCUACCACCGCGGUUGAUAUGACAAUGUUCCGAUUCGACACAUCUCAAGCCGCCUUUCCGACAGCUCUGGACAUGUUUGCAAAUUUCUUCAUAAAGCCAUUGUUCCGAGAAGAUGCCAUUGACAGGGAAGUGUGCGCAGUGGAAAGCGAGUUCCAGCUGGAGCAAGUGUCGGACAUUCGUCGAGCGAAAGAAGUCUUGGCUCGACUGGCCGGUGACGAUCAUCCCAUGGGUCGGUUUGUCUGGGGUAACAUAAGUACGCUAAAAGACGGACCGCGCGAAAAAGGCUUAAACAUACGAAAUGAGCUGAUCAACUUUUAUAACAAUUACUACUCGGCGGACGUCAUGACUCUAUGUGUACAGUCGAAGCAUACCCUGGAUGAACUGGAGCAGUUUGUCCGAGCUUCUUUCAGUCCGGUUCCACGACAAAAAAGAACACCAAUAGAAUACCCAAAAGAGUUGCCUUUAAAAGAUAAUCAAAAUUUUUGCAAAUUGUUCAAGAUUUUGCCCGUAAAUCGAAUACUAACGGCGAUUUUAAGCUGGGUCAUACCAUCACAGAGUAGCCGUUAUAUGUCAAGAUCUCUUGAUUACCUAUUGUAUGUCGUUGGCCAUGGCGGGCACAAUGGAAUCCUUGAUCACUUGCGUAGGCGAAACUGGGCUUUUGAUCUAGCAACCGGACCCGUUUUGGACGGCUUCGACCACAAUGUCAUGUGUGCCAUUUUCACUAUAAAUAUUACGUUAACUGAGAAAGGAGCGAGUAAUCUGGGCGAGGUACUUCGGCUUGUUCAUCAGUAUUUGCAUAUGCUGCGAAAGAAAGGCCCACAGUGGUGGCUGUGGGAGGAACUUCAAUACAUGGCUCAGAUAGACUUCCGAUAUCAGGGCGAAGAGGACCCAGCGGACUACGUGUGUCGUGUGAGCAAAUCAAUGCAGAUAUUUCGCGAGGACCACUUUCUCUGUGGCGACGAUCUCUACUUCGAAUAUGAUCCAAGUAAUAUCCAGGAUCUAAUGAAUCAACUAACUCCAGAUUGUUGUAACACAAUUUUCUUAAACCAUAAUUUUCAUAAGGACUCGGACCAAUUUGUGCAUCGCGAGCCAUGUAUGGGGGCAAUAUACAAGAUUGAGGACUACCCUGAAGAAUGGACUAAGCUAUGGAAUGAUGAUCCAAGUUUUCAGAAACAAUUUAACGUCCCCGAACCUAAUCAGUAUCGUCCAACUGAUCUGUCAAUUAAACAAGAAGCUUCAUAUGGGAGCGAGCCGUAUCCUGUGGUUAUCCUUGAUAGACCGCGGGCUCGAUUGUGGUAUCGCAAGGAUCAGAAAUUUUUUGUACCCAGAGCCUUUGUAAAUUUACACUUAAUAACAAUGCUACCAUACAUGUCGAUCGAAGGCGCUAUAUGUGUCGAGAUUAUGACGCACGCGCUUGUACAACGACUAGGUCCUAUCAACAACUACGCAGAGAUGGCCUCACUUCUAUCUGAUGUUAACGGCUUCAACUGGGGAACGACAAUUUGUGUUGGAGGUUUUAACCAUAAACUGCCUGUGCUGCUUGAAAAUGUUUUAGAUGCUUUAAUUCGGUUCGAUUUUUCCGACGAUCUAUUCCACAUGAUUAAGCUCAAACUUGGAAAACUAUACCACAAUAAGGUUUUGACAAACAGCCGUUACGGCUACGAGGUUUGCGCAGCCGUCAUCCAUAGGAGCACCACGGUGGACAAACGACGAGAGGCACUUAGAUCUAUAACAAAGUACGACGUUAUCGACAAUACAAGACGACUUUGUGCUACUGCAUUUGUCGAAGCAUAUGUUCAUGGAAACCUUACAUCAACCGAAGCACGCGAUCUUAUAUCUAGAGUGGAAAUGAAAUUCUCAGCCUCUCCUCUUGACAGAAGGAUGAAUCAGCACUCGCCCGUCAUUUCUGGAGAGACGUAUGUCCGAUGCUUGGGCAUCAACCCGGAGGAUAAGAGCUCGAGAAUCGUUAAUUAUUAUAUCUAUGGGCCGGCGCACUUCUAUGAGGAAACAAUGAUGCAAAUACUGGUAAAGCUUAUGGAACCCCACUGUAUUAUACAGCUGCGGACGAAGCAGCAGUUUGGUUAUGAUGCUUGCUGCAGCAUGUAUAACUGUGGCGGGGUUAUCGGCUUUAUAGUUUCCGUAUCUCCAGCGGCUUAUAAGUUCACGUUAAGUUAUGUCGAUGAAAAAAUCGAUGACUACAUCGACAGCAUGAUCAGGAUGAUAACAGAACUCGGUCAGGCUGAGUUCAACAUGGUCAGAGAUGCUCUGAUAAAAGCUAAACAACGAACUGAUCUGUCCAUCGCGGGGGAGCAACGGCGACACUGGGAGCGAAUAGUACAGUUCGAUUAUAUGUUUGAGCAGAACCAGUUUGAGGUAAAGUUUUUGCGAACAUUAGACCUUAAUCGUUUCCGUCGAUGGGCUCUCCGAGUUUUGCCUGCAAGAGGUCGUGACCGAAGGAAGCUGUCGGUGCAGAUUGUCGGCCAUGGUCAAGUCGCACUCGAAGAGUGUGUUGGUGGAGAAGACAUCUGGAAGGAACUUCAGCAGAAGGAUGUUAAGAAAUAUAAUUUAGACAUUGAUCAACCAAUUCCGCCAAUGAGGAUGCUGGCCCCAAAGACUGGCGGGCGGAAACUUUACGUACGCGAUUUUGAAGCGUAUGUCAAUCAUUGCGAAUAUUAUCCGCCCGCAAAAAGAGAUCCUCGUGCACGAAUGGACUUCUAGCUAUACCGAUUUCCAUUGAAACAAUAAUAAACAUAACGACUGUGUAAUAAUAUCAAUA